UCCAAAGUUAACAUUAUGUGCUUAUAAUAUAAAACUUAUACAGUUGCUUACUGCAGUGCUUAUGCCACAUACACACAAAAUAUGAUUCUGAUAUCUCUAAUAGCUAGUGUUUUAAUUUAGAGUGGAUUGUCAACUUUUCAAGAGCUAGGUUUGGUCACAAGUGACUAAUUGAGAGAUAUUUAGUGGCGGAUAGAUUUUACAGCUUCAGCGGUGAGGUUCACAGGAUAUAUACAGAAAUAGUAUAGAUAUCAGAGGUUACUAGCUAUUGUCCAUGACAAUCUUGUUCCACAUAUUGAAUUGCCCACCAGUUCUUCUAGGUAGAGUAAGUAUGAAUAAAACCCCGUACAGAAGAAGAUCAAAUUUAUCUGUAGCUGUACAAAUAUCUUCAGUCUCCAUACAAACUGAUGAUAGUGAAAAUUCAAUUGAAUCCAAGAAAAUUUUGGGGUCAGGUAUGGCUCUAAAAAGAAGUCAGACCCCAAAUUCCCUGCUCAGACAACCAAAUACAAUUGGUGUCAUUGGAGGGGUAUCUGUUUAUUCUACUCUAAUUUUCUUGGAAAAGCUUGUCCGGUGGAGCUCUAAAGAUGGACAAGAAUGUGUACCUUUUGUUGUCUGCAGUGACCCAGCAUUAAGUAAGGAGCUUCCUGUUCUUAGCUCAUUUCAUUCAUUCAAUGAUAGAAAUGCUCAAACCCAAUUCAAUCAUGGCCAUAUAGUUGGGGAUCUGCAGCAAAAAAGGUUGUUUCUUGAGCAAUCUGGAGCUUGUUGCAUAGUCAUGCCAUGCCAUCUAUCACAUGUGUGGCACAGUGAGGUUUCUAAGGGAUGUUCACUACCCUUCCUUCACGUAGGUGACUGUGUUGCCAUGGAGCUCAGCAAAGCAGAUUUGAGGCCACUUGAAGCUGGAAGUAAUGUGCGGAUUGGGGUGCUUGCUACAGGUGCAACUUUAAAGGCUGGUGUUUAUCAGGAAAAACUACAAAGUCAGGGCUUUGAGGUUGUGUUGCCAGACCAAGCAACCAUGCAUCACAUUAUACUUCCAGCAAUUGAAGCAUUUUACAGAAGGGACAUUACAGGGGCUAGGAAUCUUUUAAGAAUUGCUGUCCAAGUUCUUUUGGUGAGAGCUGUGAACACUGUAAUCCUUGCUUCUGAUGAAAUGCAGGGUCUUCUGCCUCAUGAUGAUCCUCUUCUUAAGAAAUGUAUUGACCCCAUGGAUGCUUUGGCCAGGUCAACUAUAAGAUGGGCUACAUCUACAGAAAAGGUUGACCUCGAGCCCAUCUCCAUUUAUUACCCUACGAUUGAGGAGGUCUCUGCUACUAUAGGCACACCCAUGGAGGGUUUAUUUGAUGGGGUUGAUGUGGUGGCUAAAGCCAUGGCUUUUGCUUCUGCUGCUGCACAGGGGGCUCUUGCCGAGACCCCCAUCCCUUCCACCGAGCCUAGUCCUAUAGAGGAGGCUGCCCAGACUGAGAGGGUUAGUGAGUCUGCUUCCAUUCCUACCGAGACCCCUAUUCCUCAGAAGGGAGUUACUCUUGCAACUACUUUUCAGACUAAGAGUGCUUCCCCUACUACGCCCUUUGUUAUUUCGACCAGUGAUCCUUUUGCGGUUUUAUCUCAGGCAGUAAAGGAUGGUUCUUCUCUGAUGGUCACUCCUUCAUCUAUUCCUAGUUCUGCCAUUCGUGGGCCCGAUGCAGAUUUGUCUUCUGAUGAGGGAUUUAAGGAGGUUCUUGAGGAUUCUAAUGAUGAGCCUACCAUGAAGAAGAGGAUCUCAGAUUCCGACAAGGAGGACAGUGAUGAGCACGAGACCAAGGCUCUGGAUAUUCCUGAGGAGCCUAAGACUGCAGCAGACAUCACAAUGCCUACAGCCCCCAUUCCUAGCACACCUACAACUCCUAUUUCUGCCACACUUGCAGCCCUCACUUCUACGGGUCCUGGUCCAAUUCUUACUGGUGUAGCUGCACCCUCUCAGUUUGAGGUAGACAACAACUCUACUACAGUUCCUGAUCCCGCGAGCGAGGCUGCAGCUUUCUUCACCCGCUUUGACCAGCCCGAGGUCAACGAUCUUGAUCCUGCGGACUUCUGGGGUGCUAGGUCUUCUUAUGUUGAUUUUCACGGCUUCAGGGUUCCUGAGGAAUGCGCUCCCCAUUUGGAGGGAAUCUAUAGGAGCCGUGGAGACUUCAUGAGGGGGUUUCUUUUCGGCCGUUCUGCGAGAGAGCAUUUCUUGAAGUUAUUGGGGAGCGUGAUGAAUGAUAUCGAGCAUAACUCCAUCGAUACCAUUUCUGCCGAAAAGAUCUUGCAGUGGAGAGCCGCAGUUCAGGAGUUGAUUAGAGUGGGCUUUGCAGUGGAGUUCAUGUUGGACCAUUUGCGAGAGAUUGCUCGAGCCUUCUUCAUGAAGAAGGUUCAGCCUACUGUGGAUGCUAUAGACACACGCAUUGAGGCUUUGAAGAAGGAGGUGACAGACUUGGAGGGACGUCGUGAGCGCCUACUUUCUGGUGUUGUUGGACCCAACCGCUUUGGAGAUCAGACUCUUAUUUCCGGACUUUUAUGAGAUCAUGUAUUUCCCCCUUUUGUUUCCUUUCCCUUAUUUCCCUAUCUAGUACACUUUUUAUUUUCUACAGUACUUAUUUGGCAAGUCUAACAUGACUGCCAUAGUUCCCCCUUUGUAAACUAUAAUACUACAUUCGCUACUGCUUUUGCUACAAGUAUUGCUUUGACUAUGAUACAAUGUGCUUUCUUUUGCUAA